GACUUGGCAAGUCUCGAUGGAAUCCAACUUCUCAUCCGAGCUUUUCUUCAAUGAAGCUGACUUUCGAGUACUGAUACCAAACCUACACAGUCCUGGUCCUUCACCUUCUUUUGAAACUAUCGCAAAAGCCAAACAACGCGCAUUUGCAUUCUAUGAUGAGCCCUUGACUGUGUACCUACUCGCCAGAAUUCCCCAUCAAGUUACAGGCACAGGAGAUGAGGUGACUGAAGCAGUUCGUAGCUUUUAUAGUCAGUUGGAUGUCCACGUUGAAGCAUCUAUUGUUGACAGUCAUUCAGCCAAUGCAAGUCAACGGAAUACCCAAUCCAAGUAUGCCUCUAGCUUACCGUCAACUCCAUCUUCUGUACCAACUUCUCCGAGAAUGACUGUGACACACAAGCAUGAAGGCCCCAGGAAUGCAGCUUCUCCCCAUCUCCCAAAUGAGCCUUUACCCUUCUUUACCCACACUUACAAUAGUCAAAGUAAGGAUUUGGAAAUGACUAUGGCUGAAUAUGAACAGGGGCAUUGUUGUAUAUAUCCUUUAAGCAUUCCGAUCGUAUAUGUCAAGAACAGAGGUGUAAGUCCUCAGCUGCUAAUCAACUUUAACGUCACAUAUCGCCCAAUGGCUAUUACAAGACAAUCGGCAAGUGAUGGAGCUGAAGAUGUCUCUGAGUAUGACAUUGAUAUGUUUGAGACAGUUGAUCUCCUCAGUGGACUAUCAGAUGGUCCUACAUUCUCUUCAAGUGGAGAAAAGCCUUUGCAAAGAUUUGUGAUGGAAACAUCACAAAGCCGUCAAACAAACGGAAGCUUCUUACCAACAAGUCAUUCAAAUGCACAUCUGUUGACUUUGAGACGGCACGUACGGGAAACAAUACCAGUACGUUCUGGACUGAUGGUUAAGAUGAAGACUACGAAUGCAUCCGUGACAGACAAGACUGUAAUGAUGUCCGUUGAACUGGAGAAUCCAUCGGAUACUGGAUCUGUAUUUAUGGUGGAUAAGAUUGAAGUUCAGGUCUCUCACUCUGUAGUGUCAAUGGCAUUCGCCGAAGAGAUUACUUUCCCUGUAACGCUCAAUACACUAGAUCAGAUGGUGUUUUUGUACAAUGUCACUCUUCUGGAAGAUGGAUCGGUUAAGCCUCCUGUCCAACCGACUCGCAUGUUUCCUUCGCGUCGUAUCAACACCAUGCCUGUCAUACCUCCUCCCUCUCACUACCAAGACGAGCGACUACAGCCUCAGCGGGUAUCCAUCCAGGUGUAUGGAGCACCUGUUAUUGAUGGAGUUGUGGCAGCAUCAAUGCAAUCCAAAUGGAAUACAAUGCUGGAUGUGACUGGGAUGCGUCAGAAGCGGGAGGAUCCCAAUCCGCCCGAUCCACGUUUCUCGUCGCUUCUUGCGUCAAAUCAUCCUGUACGUACCCAGAGCUCAUUACCUAGUAGUGUUUCUGUGUCUCCUGGAGCUCGAUCAGUUGGCAGUCCAUUGCACCAGACGGUUGUUGACAACAAGAAGCGUAUUGUGCUAAACUCUGGGUCAGUCAGUCAGUUUGUUACACCCGGACGUGAUCACCGCUCUAACAGCUCUGGACCACUUGGCAACGGUGGAGCCAGAAGAGCACCAGAAGUUGAGAUUGCAGAUGGAAUUGUUGUAUCAUUCACUGUUCCUAGCUUUAUUCAGGUCGGCAAAAUUUUCCCUCUUCACAUUUUUAUUGUGAACCGCUCCAAACACACGCGUCGCUUUUCUGUGAUGAUACCCAGUCGUAAGAGACAUUUACCCGAGGGAUUCAGUAAUGCAACAAAGACAGCACUCCCACUUCUUCCGGCCGAACAGAGGCCAAUUGAGCCAUUUAUAGAAGAAGGAGAAUUCCUUCGACAAUACUUUGAAAAUGAAACUCAUGAAGCAGAUGUUAUUUGUUUGGAAAACAAUGUUCGAUUAAGUCCUCUUGGGCCUUCUACAUCUCAGACAGUCGAUGUUCGCUUCAUAGCUGUAAAAGAAAAGCUACACACAAUUGAUUUGAUUCAAUUAGUCGACCAGGAUACCGGAUUUGUUACCAAUCUCAGACACGUCUUGGAGUUAUUCGUAGAUCCUCAAGAAUAGCAAUAAUAGUAACAAUAAAAAAAAUUAUCUCGUCUU